AUGAAUAUUUCACACCAUUUGAUGCGCUCAGCGUAGUGACAUUACGGUAAUGAUAUACGUUUGAUGUUCCUCAGCCGAUAUGACAUCCAUUCCCUCGCAGCGCAGUUGUCAGACCAGCCCUCAUCACGUACCACUUCUGUCGCUUAGAAACGGGGCAUGGUGCGGCAACCAAGAUGACUUCCAACGAAGAGGUUAUAAUGGCAACAUCACCCCGCGAGCUUACUCAGAACCCGCUGAAGAAAAUAUGGAUGCCAUGUAAAAACGGGCUGCCUGAAAAGCACAUUUCGCAAAGAAGGGGUAAGUUGCCUUGGCUGGCUCGUGCCAACAGCGCACAAUGGGUGCAACGUAGGCGUAUGCCAGAUACAGAUUAUUUUAAGUACAUUUUUAUAUUUUGUAGGCCUACCUCAUGGAACUUAGAUAUUCACAUUUUUAUGUACACACUGCGGCGUUGCGCAACCUGACAAGGUUCUGUGCGCUCAACAUUUUCUCCAGGGGUGCAACGUUGCAUCAUUUCGAUUUCGUCUCAAAUUAUUAGACUUUAAGGUGUGUUUUUCUUGAUGUUACAAUUUUAAAACGUUGUUUAUUAAGCCAAUGAUGCAAUUACGCAUGGCCUGCUACGGUAUCGAACUGGUAAGGAAUCUCUGUAUUGAAGAUGACAACCCCAUUGACAAUGCGUCCGUUUUCCGUGGUGAUGAUGGUAGUGCCCUGUGUGGUAGGUAGGCAGCAGAUGAUUACUCUGCAGACUUGGUUUGCCUCUCUUCCUGUGGAACUCUGUCUACUUUUCGCUUAGUUAACCAAGUGUUCAGUCAGCCGUGCUUGGGAUCUGUAGACUUUUAGGGUUGAUUUGUUCCCUGUUCUUAUUAUACCUCAGUGGUCCUCACCCUAAAAAAACUACACUGUCUCCCUCUGAACUAUUCCAGAUGCUCCCUUGUGCUGAGCUCGACUCUCUUCCUCUUUCAGGUGCAGACAUUGCAGAUUUCAGAGGUGGUUUUCUCCCCCUUUGGCUCGUACAUUUGGCACAGUAAUGAGAAAGUAGAAAGGAGAACAAAGAACCAUGCCAGGCUUUGUGUGAUUUCACUAAUCCAGCCCCCCAAUCCUAGCCAAUAGGGCCACUGGAGGGGAUUACAAUGGUUAAGGAGGAGGGUUAGCCAGUUAGCAGCCGGAGUUUGUAGGACAGUAGACUACUUCUCCCUCCGUUUUGAAGGGGGCCACAGGAUUACUUUACCAAACUAGGUCAGUAGUGGAGCAGUUGGUCAGUGUUUUUUAUGCUGUGUCACUUUGAACUUUGGUUGACUGUUUCACUUAUGCCUAACCAGUUGAACACUGAAACUUGGUUAUUCUGAGAUCACCAGAUAGUAUGCCUAUGUGCAGUCUGGAUCACGUCGAGCAGCAGCAGGUCUUCUUGCUAUUUACCCUAGUUUAAAGGUGCAAUAUGCAGAAAUCGCUCUGCAAUUUUGUGGUUGCUAAAAUUCUAAUAGUUCACCUAAUUUCAAUUUAUGUGACAAAACAAGCAAGAGAAUCAUUGUACCAUCUAAACCACUGUGAAAUAUAUUUUCAAUAACCAAAAAUAUUGUAUUUUCAGCUUUUUGAAGCUGGUAUAAAAAAACUGAAAGUAGAAGACACAAAAACUAAACUUAAGAAUGGGAAAUGGCACACAUAGAACAGAUCUACUGCUUCUUAGACUUGCUUUCAAUGAGAAUGACAGCUCUAUAAGUCACAUUUCUAUGUGAAUUUGGUCAGGUUGCCCAUAAAGUUACAUAUUACAGCUUUAAUUAGAUCUGGAAACGUGUGUGUGUGUGUGUGUGUGUGUGUGUGUGUGUGUGUCACAGCUUCACCAGCUCUUCCAAAGACAUUGUCUGCUUGACUUGCUCUUAGAUAUGGGAGCGAUUUUCCUAGAUUCCCUCUGUCAACAACACAAAAGGCUUAUUCAUGCCUACUGCUCCUCUUUCUGCUCUACUUUCUCCUCUUUCCUCAUUUGGCCAAUUCGUCCUUCUUUCCACCUGCUUCUCCAGACUCUGGUAUCUACCAGGUCAUGGCUGUUAUGGAGUGGCUGAUCUCAAGUCAGUCCUUAAGUGUUUGCCAAUGUUCAUGACACAGCAUCUCUAAUGAUUUUUGGGGAUUUUCACAAUGUAAUCCAUAGAAGGGUCCUUUUUUUACGGUGGGGGGGUCCUUUGGAUUGUUGGCAUGUGACAUUUGUAUCUUAAAGGGAUACUUCGAGAUUUUGGCAAUGAGGCCCUUUAUAUACUUCCCCAGAGUCAGAUGAACUCGGGGAUACCAUUUUUAUGUCAGUGUCCAGUGUGAAAGAAGUUAAAGGUAGUUUCGCGAGCCAAUGCUAACUAGUGUUACCCAUAAACUUCCAGUCAUUGCGCUAUCUGCUAAAUGCCCAAAUCCCAACAUAUCCCUUUAAAGCAUAAUUGAGAAAUUAUUAAUAUAAGUUGGAUAUUGAAACUGAACAUGAAAUAUAUAAAUAAUAUAUCUUUAGAUUUGGCAAAUUGUUCAAUAUAUUGUUGAACAUAAUAUACUCUAUGGGCAUAUCAAAGUUCCAGAGUGGGAUCUCUGCUAGUUUUAAAGAGCCACAGAACAUGCCGAUUGGCACGUGUUUUUCUGUUAGAAAAAUUAGAUUUUAUUCUUGGAGUUGUGUUUCCUGACUGAUUCCGCGUUUGUUUAAUGAUAUUUAUCCCCCAUGAGACACUGUAGAUGUGGAAGCUUAUUUUACUUCCUCAAAAUCCCCAGAAUGAAUCUAAGAUAACUCAAGAAAUCUGUAAUAUAUUUUGACGUUUUUGCUGAGGAUGUUUUAGUUGUGCAAUUUUACAUCUAACUAAGGUGUUUGGUCCAGUAUUUCUCAAGUUAAAAAAAUGCUCAACGUGUUGUCUUAUGUAAACAAAAUUAUCCUAUUUACACUUGUAGUCAAUUUUGACUCAUAUUGAUUCCAUAGACUGUUUUCAAAGGGAUUUGUUGCUUUUUAAAGGCAGUCUCUUUUUAAAGUUAUGGACCACUUUAUACAGAGAAAUUGGCAUAGUAGGCAAUGUAACCAGUUGUUCUCAUUUUAACUUGCAUCAUUGCAUAUCCUGCAAAUCACCAGCAGAGGGCGACCAUUUUGAAUCCAUUUUCACAUUCACUCUGUUGGUAACGCUUACAAAUUGGAUCGUAACUCUAAAAGUAGCAGAGAUCCCACUUUGAAAUGCUGUAGAGUAUAUUAUGUUCAAUAUAUUACAAAAUGUGCUAAAUCAAUCUAAUCUUCAUAUUUUCAAUAUUCAUACAUUUAUGUAAGAAAAUGCUACUCAUAUUACAGAGCAAGCGGUAAAGCUUCAUUUGACACCAACUUGAGCUUCUUAGCACCUACAGAUGAAACAUCAUCGAAUUUUAAGAGGCCAAAAUGUCACAAAUGUUCCAAAUUCAAUUAAUUAUUUCUCAAUUAUGCUUUAAGAUACAAAUGUCAAAUAUAUGUCAACAAUAUUUCCUCCAAAGGACCCUUCUAUGGAUAAAUCAUGCUAUUUUUUUGUUGUUUUGUUUCAUUAACGAAUCACCCAAGUGUAUACACAUCUGUUUGCAUCUGCUUCACUUUUACUCAAAUGAUCCACCAAAACUGCUCCAUCCAGUCUACGCCUUAAUUAAGGCCUGAGUUGUUGAUUUUAGAUUCUGCAUUAAUGGGCAAGGUCCCAUUUGAUUCAAUGACAGACUGUACCAUCCACUGACAUUCACUGUGUCUGUGUACAAUAGGGACAGUCAUUAAACUUUCUGUCUCUCUCGUCCUAUUUUUUCCCCCCCUAUUUUUCUGUUUCUCCUCUCUGUCUCUCUUAGUAUGUAUGACCAACUGUCCCACACUUAUUGUGACGGUUGGCCUCCCAGCCAGAGGUAAGACCUACAUCUCCAAGAAGCUGACCCGCUAUCUCAACUGGAUUGGUGUGCCAACCAAAGGUACCAGCUCAAGCUCUCUCAUUAUCUAACAGUCUCUUUUGAGGUCUAUCUCACUCACUCACUCACUCACUCACUCACUCACACACACAGGAAAUAGGGUUGACUGACAGUAUGUCUGUGUUGUUUAGAGUUCAACGUGGGUCAGUACAGGAGAGAGUGUGUGAAGAUCUACAAGUCCUUUGAGUUUUUCUGUCCAGACAAUGAAGAGGGGCUGAAGAUCAGGAGGUGAGGCUGGAGACGGGCUGUUGGAAUAAGCUGAACAGGUCAAGUUAGGCCUAACCCACCACUCUAUUCACUAAUCUCUCAUUACAGACCAAAGUUACAGGGAAUGCACUCUUUAUUGGGCUUUUUAAUAGGCAGAGACCGUUGAAAGAACAAAGUUGUAUUUACAUUAAUAUCUACGGAGUGCAUUUUGACCAGUUGCUUUAUAUUAGCAAAGUUUGAAUUCAGUUCAUUCUCAUAGGUCUUUACCUACAGUGUCACUUUAAGGUGUUUCUGGUCGUCUUUCUGAUUCUGUUGUGUGUGUCCACCAAUAGGCAGUGUGCACUGACAGCGCUGAAUGAUGUGCGGCAGUACCUGAGUGUGGAGGGGGGCCAGGUGGCGGUGAGUAGAGCAGAGCAGACCUAGUAUGGCUACCAGUCUGUUUAGCUAUCAUGCCACUCCUUGUCAUGAUAAACAUAUGACACGGAGUACUUGGGGUGGAAUGUUAGAUAAACAGACUGGACCCAGGUUAGAUCCACAGUGACUUAAGUGUGGCUCAUGAUCAGUUUGUGAAUGAGGAUGUUGAUGAAUAGGGGGGAAAGGGUGCACAAUAAAUGUAAUUCAUGUAGGCUACUUUGCAAGAAAUAACCUUGUGCACCCUUUUCCCACUAUUGAUCUUCAGUCUACAGUACUUGUUUGGGUAUGCACCGCAAUUCAUAUACAUGUUUAUGUUUUGCUUGGUGCUCCCAGGACUCCUAACCUGAGUGUAAUGAGGAUGUUGUGACUGACUGGAGUUUGCCCUUCAUUGCCUCAGGUGUUUGAUGCCACUAACACCACCAGGCAGAGGAGAGGGACCAUCACCAGGUUUGCAGAGCAGAACGGCUUUAAGGUAUGGAACCCCAGGGUCUGGCAUUAGUAUCUGAAGUUAUUGUUGAUUCAUGGGAUUCACUACUUUUCUUACAGGGUACAGUAUAUUUUACAGUAUUUUAUACUGAAUCUUCAUUUUCAACCUCCCAGGUGUUCUUUGUGGAGUCUGUGUGUGAAGACCCUGAUGUCAUUGCGGAGAACAUAGUGGUGAGUGAUAUCUCUGCUAUCUUUCAGCAUUUUACGUAGGCCACUGGUUAUGUAAAAGAUCAGACAUGAUUAAGCAUGAUUGCGCAUGAAAUUCAAGACUUCUGCUUUAAUAUUUGAUAUUCCUGUAAGAUAGGCCUCUUGAUGAAUAAUUUCUACCAUCUUUGUGUUGAUAUGCCCUGGCAGACUUUCAGCAAAGAAGCGAGAUAGAUGUUUUUCGGUUCUGAAAGCAUGCUUUUAGCAUGCUCUUUCUCUUUUUCUCUCGACUCAUUUCCUAUUCCUGUUUGUAUUUCCUGUCUGUCCGUGCAGCAAGUGAAGCUGGGUAGUCCUGACUACAUAGACUGUAAUACAGAAGAGGUCAUCGAGGACUUCAUGAAGAGGAUCAAGUGCUAUGAGAACUCCUACCAGCCACUGGAUGAGGUUCUAGACAGGUGAACACACACACUAGUGGUUUCAAAAUAUGCUCUGACAAUAUACUGGACAGGUGAGAAUACACACACACACAGAAUACACAUGGACAAGGUCAGCAGUCAUUUAACUGCCUCACACUGCUAAUAGAUCUGAUAGUCACUCAUACUCCAUCCCCCAUCCCCCCCCCCCCCCCCCCCAGGGAUCUUUCCUACAUCAAGAUAAUGGACGUGGGCCGGAGGUACCUGGUGAACCAGGUCCAGGACCACAUCCAGAGCCGCAUCGUCUACUACCUGAUGAACAUCCACAUCACACCACGCUCCAUCUACCUGUGUCGCCAUGGAGAGAGUGACCACAACGUCAAGGGACGCAUCGGAGGAGACUCUGGCCUGUCUGGCAGGGGCAAGGAGGUGUGUUUCUUUGUGUGUGUCUGUCCAUCUAUUGGUAAUAGAAAUAUAAACUGUAUGUAACGUCAUUAUUUCUCUCCCUGCCUGUUGGUCAGUUUGCAAAGUGUCUGGAGAAGUUCAUCCAGGAGCAGAACAUUAAGGAUCUGAAGGUGUGGACCAGCCAGAUGAAGAGGACCAUCCAGACAGCUGAGACUGUGGCUGUGCCCUACGAGCAGUGGAAGGCUCUCAAUGAGAUAGACGCUGUAUGUGUGCGUUUGUGUAUGUGUGUGCAAACGUGUGUUUGUAUUUUGGCUAUUGUUAUUAUAUUUUGUUUGUAUUUAUUCUUUAAUAGAUCUAUCUAUAACUCUAUCUACGAUUAUGCUCUGCAUCAGUCAAUGUGAUUGACGGUUACCAUGUCUCCUAAGCUUGCUGUUAAACAGGCUUGUUGUUUUGGUUUCUCUCCCUCUUCCAGGGUGUGUGUGAGGAGAUGAUGUAUGAGGAGAUCCAGGGACAUUUCCCUCAGGAGUUUGCUCUGAGAGACCAGGACAAAUACCGCUACCGCUAUCCUAAAGGCGAGGUGAGUCCAUCACAGAACGAACACUCUUUCUCUCUCUCUCUCUCUCGCUCUGUGUGUGUUAACAGGCCUCUGCUUGUCCCCUCAGUCCUAUGAGGACCUGGUGCAGCGUCUGGAGCCAGUCAUCAUGGAGCUGGAAAGGCAGGAGAACGUCCUGGUCAUCUGUCACCAGGCUGUCAUGCGCUGCCUGCUCGCUUACUUCCUGGAUAAGAGCGCAGGUAGCGUAUAUCUCUUCAAAUCAAAUGUAUUUAUAAAGCCCUUUUUACAUCGGCAGAUGUCACAAAGUGCUUAUACAGAAACCCAGCCUAAAACCCCAAACAGCAAGCAAUGCAGAUGUAGAAGCACGGUGGCUAAGGAAAAACUCCCUAGAACGGCAGGAACCUAGGAAGAAACCUAGAGAGGAACCAGGAUCUGAGGGGUGGCCAGUCCUCUUCUGGCUGUGCCUGGUGGAGAUUAUGAGUACAUGGCCAUUAAGGCCAGAUUGUUCUUCAAGAUGUUCAAACAUUCAUAGUUGACCAGCAGGGUCGAAUAAUAAUCAGUUGUAGAGGGUGCAACAGGUCAGUACCUCAGGAGUAAAUGUCAGUUGGCUUUUCAUAGCCGAGCAUUCAGAGGUCGAGGUCGAGGUCGAGAGACACACACACACACACACACACACACACAGAGAGUGAGAGAGAGACACACACACAGAGAGUGAGAGAGAGACACACACAAACAGAGAGUGAGAGCGAGACACACACACACACAGAGAGUGAGAGAGAGACAUACACACACACAGAGAGUGAGAGAGAGACAUACACACACACACACACACACACACACACACACACACACACACAGAGAGUGAGAGCGAGAGAGACACACACACAGAGAGUGAGAGAGCGACACACACACACACAGAGAGAGACACGCGCAGAGAGACACACAGAGUAGCACGUCUGGUGAACAGGUCAAGGUUCCAUAGCCGCAGAACAGUUGAAACUGCAGCAGCAUGAACAGGUGGAAUGGGGACAGCCAGGAGUCAUCAUGCCAGGUAAUACACCCCAGUAUUACAGCUUAAUUUAUACUAUAAAACAAACUGAGCAUAUAGGAGAGGGUGUUCACCUGUCAUGAUCAGAUGAGCAUUAGCUCUAAUACAACUAAAUUGAAUCCAUUUAGGCAUCAUCUACGUUGUUCUGUUUUUGUUCUUCAGAGGAGCUGCCUUACCUGAUGUGCCCUUUGCACACUGUACUGAAGCUGACACCUGUGGCUUAUGGUGAGUACACUAUUAUCAAUAACUGCAUUAAAAGUGUAUUAGUAACACAGGAUAAAGGUUUCAAUUACAUGCUUUAUUCUAUGCAUACAGUGAGGGGGAAAAAGUAUUUGAUCCCCUGCUGAUUUUGUACGUUUGCCCACUGACAAAGAAAUGAUCAGUCUAUAAUUUUAAUGGUAGGUUUAUUUGAACAGUGAGAGACCGAAUAACAACAAAACAAUCCAGAAAAACGCAUGUCAAAAAUGUUAUAAAUUGAUUUGCAUUUUAAUGAGGGAAAUAAGUAUUUGAAAAACAUGACUUAGUACUUGGUGGCAAAACCCUUGUUGGCAAUCACAGAGGUCAGACGUUUCUUGUAGUUGGCCACCAGGUUUGCACACAUCUCAGGAGGGAUUUUGUCCCACUCCUUUUUGCAGAUCUUCUCCAAGUCAUUAAGGUUUCGAGGCUGACGUUUGGCAACUCGAACCUUCAGUUCCCUCCACAGAUUUUCUAUGGGAUUAAGGUCUGGAGACUGGCUAGGCCACUCCAGGACCUUAAUGUGCUUCUUCUUGAGCCACUCCUUUGUUGCCUUGGACGUGUGUUUUGGGUCAUUGUCAUGCUGGAAUACCCAUCCACGACCCAUUUUCAAUGCCCUGGCUGAGGGAAGGAGGUUCUCACCCAAGAUUUGACGGUACAUGGCCACGUCCAUCGUCCCUUUGAUGCGGUGAAGUUGUCCUGUCCCCUUAGCAGAAAAACACCCCCAAAGCAUAAUGUUUCCACCUCCAUGUUUGACGGUAGGGAUGGUGUUCUUGGGGUCAUAGGCAGCAUUCCUCCUCCUCCAAACACGGCGAGUUGAGUUGAUGCCAAAGAGCUCGAUUUUGGUCUCAUCUGACCACAACACUUUCACCCAGUUCUCCUCUGAAUCAUUCAGAUGUUCAUUGGCAAACUUCAGACGGGCAUGUAUAUGUGCUUUCUUGAGCAGGGGGACCUUGCGGGCGCUGCAGGAUUUCAGUCCUUCACGGCGUAGUGUGUUACCAAUUGUUUUCUUGGUGACUAUGGUCCCAGCUGCCUUGAGAUCAUUGACAAGAUCCUCCCGUGUAGUUCUGGCCUGAUUCCUCACCGUUCUCGUGAUCAUUGCAACUCCACGAGGUGAGAUCUUGCAUGGAGCCCCAAGCUGAGGGAGAUUGACAGUUAUUUUGUGUUUCUUCCAUUUGCGAAUAAUCGCACCAACUGUUGUCACCUUCUCACCAAGCUGCUUGACGAUGGUCUUAUAGCCCAUUCCAGCCUUGUGUAGGUCUACAAUCUUGUCCCUGACAUCCUUGGAGAGCUCUUUGGUCUUGGCCAUGGUGGAGAGUUUGGAAUCUGAUUGAUUGAUUGCUUCUGUGGACAGGUCUUUUAUACAGGUAACAAGCUGAGAUUAGGAGCACUCCAAAGACACCUGGGAGCCAGAAAUCUUUCUGAUUGCGAGGGGGUCAAAUACUUAUUUCCCUUCAUUAAAAUGCAAAUAAAUUUAUAACAUUUUUGACAUGCGUUUUUCUGGAGUUUUUUGUUGUUAUUCUGUCUCUCACUGUUUAAAUAAACCUACCAUUAAACUUAUAGACUGAUCAUUUCUUUGUCAGUGGGCAAACUUACUAAAUCAGCAGGGGAUCAAAUACUUUUUUCCCUCACUGUAUUUACUCCAAUGACAUGUAUUCAUCCUUUUGAUUCGAAUCACCUGGAUACAUGUAAUCCAGUUCAGUCAAGACUACGAGCACUAUUUAAAUGUACAGUAGUAGUGUUAGGCCAGGAUUCAAUCAGAUCAGCGUUAACCUGUGGUAACCGGCAUUGUUUUUGUGUAGGCGAUGUAGGAGCUGUCAAAUCCACAAACAGCUCCUGGCGUUAUACCUAUCGCGGACAUUGCUAUUGGAUGCACAGAGUCACAUUAGUAGAAAUCUCAUGCAGCCGUGUUACAAGUUGAAACACUGAAAUGUGUGAUGUAAUCUACUCCUCCAUUAGGCUGAUAUAAAUUGUUAUUAUUUAAUUAUAUUCAAUUUGAGUGUAAUUCUUUUUAUAUAGCCUACACUUUCUCAUUCUUAACUUCUAACGUGGGUGGGAUAGGGUGUGGCUUCGUGACAAUGAACACAAGAACAGCCGCUCACUAAUUUGACAGCUCCAGCGCAGUUAAACCUGCGAUUGUUGGUUACCGUGGGUUAACGCUGAUCUAAUUGAACCCUGGCCUUAGUCUGUGUAUUAAACACAGUGUACUGCUGCUGCCCUCUAGUUUAGAAACUUAAAAACACAUUUGCCCUCAAUCUCUUCCCUUUCUAUUUCUGUCUUGAACUAUUGUUUGGUUUUCUUCUCAUCCUAUCCUGUCCCUGUAGGCUGUAAAGUAGAGUCUGUCUUUUUGAACGUGGAAGCUGUGAACACCCACAGGGACAGGCCAGAGGUAGGUACCCCAGACAAGCACCCUCACUGGACUUGUACUCUAAAACAGAGCGAGAAAGAGGUUCAGGUUCAAUUGGACUAACCUUAUGUGUCCUAGUGCUGACUGAUCGCUCUAUCUCUUUUCAUUGUACAGAAUGUAGACACUUCACGGAUGCCGGAGGAAGCCCUGUUCACAGUCCCCGCCCACCAGUGA